AUGGGUGAUGUCUCUCUUCAAGGGAACCACAAUCAGAAUCUCAAUGCAGUUGAGAUGAAGGACGGUGCCAGACCAGCCGUUCUGCCGACUGAUGAGAAAGCUCCGCUGCAACCUAAUCAGACUUUCUAUAUCGUGCCUCACACUGGCUUCACCAAGGUCAUCCAGGUCCUUGACUUGACCCCUCAGAUCAAGGAGCGUAUCCCUUACAAUGGCUUCACCGACGCCUAUAAAGAGGCAGUCAAAGAGCUCGCCAAAAACUCCCCUCCAGAGCCCACUUACACCAUCACACGCCAGAACUGGGUGGCCUCGCGCAUGAUAGUCACCUCAGCCAGCGGGGCCGAAUUGGCAGCAUGGAAAGCGCCGCACUGGUCUCCUGGGACCACCACGCUGACCUUCCCUCGCAACUCUCCGCACUGCUCCCAUACCAUCGAGAUGAAGCCUGUGGGUUUCUGGCAUCGGUCGGAGCACUUUGUUAAGGACAGCGUGACGUAUACGUGGGAGAUGGAGUCGAAGCUCACUUCUUCUGCCUUCACGCUGCUCAAGAUCAUUGGCCAGAAAAAGGUCGAGGUCGCGAGAUAUGCGCAGAGCUUCGGGUUCACAACGGGCGGAACCUUGAUCCUGGAUUCGAGGGAGGUGGACGAGCUGGUGGUGGUGCUGACGUGCGCCGCCAUGCUGAAGAAGAAGAGGCUGCGGGAUCAAGAGUAUGCUAAUAGUGGAGCGGGACACUAG